AUGGUUCUCGAGUUUUUGAAGACCAGGAAGAAAGUUAGUGUAGGAAUCAUAUCACCAUAUAAGGCUCGAGUUUAUGAAAUCCAACAGAAAGUUAAGCUGUACAUCUCGGUUUCUGAUUCUCACUUCUCUGUUAGUGUUCGUUCUGUUGAUGGUUUUCAAGGCGGUGAAGAGGAUAUUAUAAUAUUAUCUACUGUGAGAUCUAAUGGAAGUGGAAAAGUAGGUUUUCUUUCCAAUAGACAAAGAACAAAUGUCGCUCUUACCCAAGCUAAGUAUGGCCCUUGGAAAUUAGGAAAUGCUGCAACAUUAAUCAAUAGUAACUCUGUAUGGAGAGAACUGGUUCUUGAUGGCAAGGAAAGAGAUUGCUUCCAUAAUGCUGAUGAGGACAAUAAAUUGGAUCUGGCUAUUGAAGAUGUUAUUCUUGAGCUUGAACUUGAUGAAUCUCAGUCUCAGUUUAAGAAACUCACUUUAGUAGAAAAGUCUCUAAUUGCUUCUAAUUUCUCCAGGUGA